UCGUUGUAUUAUGACCACGACGGGUACGACUAUCGUGACGAAGAUCCUUACCGAGGAAGAGGACGAAGCCCUUCUCCGAGGGAUCGGUACGGGUAUUACGACUACUACGACUAUGACCCACGUUCGCGUGGAGGAGGUGGCUAUGCGCGUGGUCGAGAUUAUGACUAUCCCCCAGGAGGACCAGGAGGUGGAAAAG